GUGGUCAUAGAUGAAGCUUGUGUACAGGUUCAACUGCUGCUUUUCUCAGACCAGGUGUCCUUUUGCAUUCUUAAAGAAAACGUACAUCGACCGCAAUCUGAAUAAAAGCUUCCAAAAACAACAAGUGACGAGAUACAUUUGGCUGUCAUCCUCAUCUCCUACAAACAGUUUCAUGUUCUCCUUCCUUUCCUCCUUCCUUUGUCAAAAAAAAUAAUGAAGGACAAGUCUCCAAUGAUGGACAAGACAGGAGACAUCAUGGCAGUGAUCUGCUUGUUGCUUCUCAAAUUGCCUAAGUGUGAGACGGCGAGUGGGAAAGUCUUAGAGGAGACCUAUCGUCAGUGGGUCCGGUAUAAAGAGGACUGCAUCAAGAUGAUUGAAAAUGAGCCACUGCCUCAAGCAGAUUUAGCCAGCCUGUUCUGUAACAGGACAUUUGACAAAUACGCGUGCUGGCCCGAUGCUCCCGCCGGCUCUGUGGUCAACAUCUCAUGUCCUUUCUACUUGCCCUGGUAUGAUAAAGUUUCCCAGGGAGUCGUGCGUCGGCGCUGCGGCUCCGACGGCGCCUGGGAGCGAGAGGACAGCGGGCAGGUGUGGCGGGAUAUGAGCCAGUGUGAGGAGGAAAAGGAGGUCACGUCGCAGGAGCUGUGGGUCAAACAGCUGAUGGUGAGCUUCAGGAUGUUGUACACCGUUGGCUACUCUCUGUCCCUCUUCACGCUCAUAACAGCGCUGAUCAUUCUCCUGAGCUUCAGGAAACUGCACUGCUUCAGGAACUUCAUCCACGCCAACCUUUUCCUCUCCUUCAUCCUGCGAGCCGUGUCCGUCAUCGUGAAGGACACCAUGCUGGAACGCCACUGGGGGCGGGAAAUCAUCAAACAGACCGAUGUCACUGAGAUCCUCAGUCACCAGGCUGCGAUUGGCUGUCGUAUCGCUCAGGUGAUGAUGCAGUACUGUGUCCUCGCCAAUCACUACUGGUUCUUCGGUGAGGCGCAUUACCUGUACUCUGUGCUCAUAGCCUCCGUGCUCAUGGACAACAACAAAUACUUGCCUUACGUCUGUCUUGGCUGGGGUAUACCGCUUCUAUUUGUGGUGCCCUGGGUUGUGAUGAAGCUAUUGAAAGAAAACAAAGAGUGCUGGGCUGUGAACGAGAACAUGAGCUACUGGUGGAUCAUUCGUUUCCCAAUUCUUUUUGCUUCACUGAUCAACUUCCUGAUUUUCAUGAAGGUCCUGAAGGUCAUUCUUUCCAAAUUGCGAGCCAGCAACCAGACGGAAUACCCAGAUUACAAACUUCGGCUUGCCAAGGCAACGCUUACCCUUAUUCCUCUGUUUGGGAUUCAUGAGGUCAUAUUCAUCUUUGCCACAGAUGAGCAGACGUCAGGCUUUCUGCGCUACGCUAAGGUUUUCAUCACGCUCUUUCUCAACUCGUUCCAGGGCUUCCUGGUUGGUGUGCUCUACUGCUAUAUCAAUAAAGAGGUGCGGACGGAGCUGAGGAGAAAGUUACGCAGCUGGAGGAUGGAGGCAGAGAUCGUGUGCUGUGGACAGUGACUAGCCGUGCUCGACUCUCGCGUCGACACCUUAUCAAUCGCCACAGUGCCGGACUGUAACAGAUCGUCCGCCGCGACGACGAGGCCGGUGCCCGACGGCUCGCCGUCUCCCGAGAGUUUGCUCGUUUUCCGGCGUCAAGUUCAGCCGACGUCCCCACAGCUGGAGGCGACUUUGCUGCACUGUCCAUCAGGGAUGAACAGCGAAAACCCCCUGCUGUGCGGGAAUCAGAAUGACACCGGACAGUCCUCUGUGGCAAUGCAGGUGUCCUUUGUCAUUCAUCUUCAAGACCCUGUGGAGGUGCUCCCAAACGUUUUACCAACAGACUCUGACUGAACACGUUGCUGUACUUUCUACGAUUACAUGUUACGUUAAUUGUGGACACGAAAAGCUGUAAAUUGUAUGUGUAUGUUUUGAAAUUGUGAACACGUGGAUGGCCGUAACCCAUGAUCGACAUUUCAGUAAAUAAAUUAAACUUAUAUUUUAUUGGUAACGCGUUAAAUGUGCACUGAAGCAAUGCAAAUGUUUCAAUAAUUGAGUGCAUUGUGUAUAAUAGAUAUAAUGUAGAUAAGGUGUAAAUGGCAAGCUGUAAAGGGAAUCAUCCUCACAAGUAGUUGUAGUUGAAGUUUCUGUUUUCUUAGGACUGUGUGGUCACAGAAAUGUACUCCAUCAAUGUCGUCAUUAACCUUCACUGCCAAACAACAGACGGACACUGUAAUUAAUUUAAUUAAUUAAUUAAAGUCAGACGUAACUGAAAGACCUCAUUCAGACUGCCAGACUAAAUGGGACGUUUUUGCAUAUAAUAUUGAUUGUAGUCAGACAGCAAUUAUCUCUUCUGAUUCAAUCCACAUUUGGAGGUGUUUUUUAAUGCAGUGAGUUCAAAUCAGGUUCCGUAAAUACUGAGACACAUUCUCAGUCUAAAUGAGAUUUCUAAGAGACUUUUUGUAUCACCCGAGUACACGACACCAGCGGCCCAGCUGAAAUUAAUUAUCUGAGCACUGGAAGUCCAUGUACUGCAGAGGUCAACAUGAAAUUCAGUCCCUAGGGCUGGACUGCCUUAGGACAUGUCUGCCUUAACACCUUAAAACACAGAGGAUUUUGGCUGCUUUAUUCCAUUACUAUGUUUAAACAUACAGUAUAUACUGAGAGUAUA